UUCGCGUGCAGCGCGUGCGGGCGUGUUUUUGGCGGGAACGCUCGCGAGGGGUCGUGGUUCCGUCACUAAAACGCUGACAAAAUAUAUUUCACAGUUUUAAGUUACGUUAGAAUAUACAGACAUGACCGUAAUAUGGAGCAGUUCGUAGUCGACGUAAAAAACCUGUCAGAGCAGCUUCUCCACAGACAGGUGGACUCGAGUUUGGAUGAGGUGAUUGAGUCCCUCUUUAACUCGAUAUCAACUCUAGAUGCAGCUGCAAAACUACAGGAUGCUCAGUUGGAGGACAUCGCCAUACAGCUUUGGAACUGGGCAGUGACCAAACGUGUCGGCUCAACUAUUACAGAAGAGCAAAAGGCCAAAGUGCGUCAUGUGGCAUGCAGACUUCUGUAUUCAUGCGGCCCUGAAAACCCAUCAGAGAAUAUUGUUCGCAAGCAGAUACUGAUGGCAAGUAAAACAGGACGAACAUGGCUUGAUUGCAAACGACCCAAAGUCGCUGAUGAUUUUUUGAGCCUUGCUGUCAAUAGCCUGGAGACUCUUUACAGCAGACUCGCUUCCCAUGGAGAUUUUGCAGAAGAUAUGAACACACCAAAGGGAGACGUAGAGAAAGACCUGCUCCGGGUUUUGUCAUACAAAGCUGAAUCUGCAGUUUCUCAAGAACAACAUCAAGAGGCAGUGUCAAACGUACAGCGGUGUAAAGAAAUGCUUCUGCGUCUCCCUAAAGAGACUGGCUAUCUCUCUCUCACCUGUUACAACUUUGGGAUUGAAACUUACAGUCAGGGAAAGCAUGAAGAGAGCACAUUUUGGCUAAGCCAAAGUUAUGAUAUAGGCAAGAUGAGUGUGAAGUACUCACCAGGAUCAGAGAUGCAAGCCAAAGUUUUGAGACUUCUUGCAAAGGUUUAUUUGGAGUGGGACUGUCAGAAGUACCUGGAGAAAGCUCUUCAUGCUGUGUGCUUGGCUAAUAAAGAGCAUAUGCAUUUGUCAGGCUUGCAUUUAAAGAUUCGUAUCCUAAUUAAAAGCCACAGCUCAGAUGAGGCAAUAAAAUCUGGGCUGUUAGAGCUACUGGACUGUGAGGUUCCUCUGGAAGUGUGCUUGAGCACAGUAAAGCUGCUCAUGGGAGAGAACAGGGAGGCUCUGGCCUUUGACUUCCUGAAGAGGGUGUGUCUGCAUUUUGAUUCAUCUCCUGAACUGGGUUCUGCUCUGCUCAUGCAUAUAGAGCUGCUGCUGCAGCAGGGCAAAGACCUGCUGGCCAAGCAGAAGAUUGAGGAUGCUAUCACGGGACAUUACACUGGAAAACAACUGGAACCUCAGACCCUGUCAUCUCUCCACCUUCUUCUGUGGGAUAGAGCUUCCAAAAACUUUGAAGCCAAGAACUAUUCUGAAGCUCUGGAAUGGUAUAACUACUCACUGAGCUUUUACAGAGCAGACGAGUUGGAUCAAAAUCUUGCUAAACUGCAAAGAAACCGAUCCACCUGUUUCCUGCACCUGCGUCAGCUUGAGAAGGCCAAAGACGCUGCAGAAAAGGCAGCAAGGAUUGAUCCAUGCAACAUUUUUACACAGUUCAACAUCUACAAGAUCGCUGUACUAGAAAACGAUGCGGAGAAGGCUGCUGUGGCUCUGAGAGAGAUUGGCGCUCUGGCUCAGAAUCCGGUCCCCAGCGAGGACAGACUGCUAGUGACUGAAAACGCCGCUGCAAACCUCCUCAGCCUGGCCGCACACAUCGCCCUCGAGCAUGAGCAGCAGGAAACAGCCAUCAGAGCCCUAGAGAGUGUGUGUGAACACUCACAAGAUGUUCCUCAAAUCCUCACUGCCUUGAGGUGUUUAGUACGACUUGUUCUGACAACAAUGGAAAACAUCAGUGAGGAAACCAGGAGUCCCAACUCAGAUAUCCUCUUGUCAUACCUGAAAAAAGCUCUUGAGAAAUUAUCACAAAUCAGCCAAGGAGCACAGCAACAUUCAGAAGACGCCAACUGGUUCAGGAGAAUCGCGUGGAACUCAGCCCUGCAGUGUGAGCACAGCCCUGUGAGGAUGAGGGAUUUCUUCCUUCUCUCCUUCCAGCUGUCACAGCUGUGCGCCGCAGACAGAGGGGUGUUGAUGGGGCAGAAGACGUGUCUGCUGAUGGCUGCUGCUGCAUCUCUGGAGGUCUGCAGGAGAUCUGAUCACACUGAGCAACAGACCGAGCUCCUGACCCAGACUCUAGAGCACAUUCAGCUCUGUAAAGAGAUCUGGACGACCAUCAAAGCUUCAGGCACUUCCUCCAAAGACAGAACAGACACAUUAUUGCUGCUCUAUGAGUUUGAAGCCCGGGCCAAAUUAAAUGAUCCAAAGCUUGAAUCUGUGUUUGAAUCAGUUUUAGAACUGGAUUGCAUUGAGGCCAAGCUGCUAGAAAUGAUCGCAGUCCUGGCGAUGGAAGCACCGGCUCAUUCCCCUGCUCUGUGUAAGAAAGCACUGAGGAUCGCCUUGUCUCUGCACAGAAAACAGCCAGAGGUCGACCUUACACGCUGCAGUAACUGCUUGCACAGCCUGAUUCAGCUGACCCUGCCGAGCGGCGUGUCUGAGGUGCAACCCUGCAUGCUGGAGGAAGUGUGGGGUUACUACGAGGAAGCUCUUUCCAUCGUAGCAACCGCACCCGUGGACUUUCCAGAACUGGAGAUCCUGUGGCUGCUGACCCGAGCGUGGAAUACGGGAAUCCUGCUCUACAGUCUGGCCCAGUAUCCCGAGGCCGAGAGGUGGUGUGGGCUGGGAAUGAGCUUCCUGAAGCACCUGGGCUCCCUGCAGGACAGCUAUCACUCUCAGAUGGCGGGUCUGUACAGUGAGGUGUUGGACAGGCUGGAUAAAGCCAAGAAGAAUCUCAUUAUUGAGGAGUGAAUGAUGGCUUCAGUCGCAGAUGGAGAUCUCAGGUCUAACGGCACGUGUUUAAUAUGUAGUGUGAAUUUCUGUGCAUGUUUUUGAGACGCUAAGAGAUGAGGGGGUUUGUCGGUACGGUUAUGAAAUGGUUCAUAUAUUCAUUUAAUCUGAAAUACGUUUUGGCAGUAUUAUUUUAUUACCUGUCAUCCGGUUAUCUGUUUUGAGCUGUUCUCGGUCGACUAGUUCAAAACAUCUGCAUUGCGAUACAAAACAAAUAAAAAUGCAUGCAUUGAAAUCGUAACAGAGUCACAUAGUUUAUUUCCAAACAAAUAAACUCUUGUCCAGUCCAAAAAAAGAAAAAACAAAACGAAACAAAACAAAAAUAAUAUUAAUAAUAAUAAUAAUAAUCGGUAGGACUGUGUUCCAUCCUGACCAGGAUAUAAAAGAGCAGUUUUCCUUGUGUCCUGAUGGGUUGUACCACCUGUAAUCAUGGGGAGGACACUACUGUACAAUCAAAGGGUUCAUAUUUGCAAGCACUUACUGCACAGGUGUGCUGUCACAUCAAAAACUCAUAAUCACUCAGAAAGACAAAUCAGACCCAUUCCCUCCCCAUUUCACGCUCGUGCCUUCCGGAGCAGAGACCCUCAUUAGUACACCAGAGCUGCUCUGAUUCAAUCCGUUUCAUUAGAAAUAUAGUACAAUGAAUCAAAAUUCUUUGGGCUUCACCAACACGGCUGACCGGCAUCAACGGUGCGAACAGUCAGCUGCUUUCCUGCUCGUCACCUCAGAGGACCAGAUCUACGCUAAAAAUGAGUUAUUAAGCUCCUGGUUUACUUUUAAUAUCACUCUAUGGGUUGCUGUCCACAUGUCUUUUUUAUAUAUAUUUAUAUAUAUAUAUUAUAUAUAUAUUUAUAUAUAUUUUUACAUUUGUUUUUCAUCUAUACACUCAGACAAGUUCCACAAGAUAUCACAAGUAGACAGGCCGUAUUGUAGGGAAGCUGGUUCCCGACUCACUAAAAAAAAGAAAAAAAAAAAGAAAAAAAAAAAAAGUUCCGAUAGGCAGCUGAAGAUUUUUUUCUAUAGAGAAAUACCAACGUUACGGCACAUUUGUAUGGAAAUUAAUCUCAGAAUAAAUUCAAAGUUUACUUACCUGACAUUUGUGAUUUAUAAAACAUGUUUGUCCCAGUUGUAUCACACAUGCAUGAAGCACAAGUGAAGGGGAUAUUUACACUUUACAGCUAUCAUACCCAUUAAAACAGUCUGUAAGCAGUUUAUAAAUGGCUCUGUUCCCUUCGAUUAUUCCCUGAACUCUGGUUUUGACACAGGUAUGACAGCUGAUUUCGCAGAGACGCUGGGCAGGUGAGCGCACCUGUUUAGAAAAUGCCUGUGGGGCGGGACGGGACGGGGAAGAGAGUGGGCCCAGGAACUUCCCUCACUUCCUGCAGGAUCCAGACAUCUCAAUACAGAAAGAAAGAGACUGAAGGAAGUACUGUACUUCUGUAUCCCAUUCCGUCGUGAUCCCAUUCUCUCCGGCUGAACCCAAGGGCAACCACAGACAUAGUGCUUACAAAGUGUUUCAAAAAAAGAAAAAAAAAAAAGAAGACUAAAUAUUUAGAAUACACAAGUAUAAUAUAUCAGCAUGUCUGGGUGUUCAGUUAGAGAAGAGAAAAGCAUCCCUUUGAGUUCAUACUCUCUCUAUUCCAUCACAAUAUGAUCACGGCCCUUUAGUCAUGUACGAAAAAAAAAAAAAAAAAAAAUAUUGUAGUAAUUAUCCAUCAGAUUCCUGAGCUCACCAAGCUCGCCCCGGCACAAGGCUCAACACAGUGGAGUAAACAUCAGCCCGGAAAUGAAGGAGCAGAAGAAAAAAAAAUCGUUUAAAAGCUGUCAUUACAAAGAACAGAUUUAAUCAAACCAUCGUCGAGUUCUGGGGAAAACGGUCAAUUUCAGGCUCCACUAACGCUUUAAUAUCAAGAAGGACAUCCAAUACAAUUAUUGUCUUGAUUCUACCCGUUUUAAGGCUGCGCUCCUGGGCAGCUAACAGGACAGUACCUUGUUACCGUUCAGUCUGAAGAGAAUAUAGUCAUGGAAGGCAGAGGAAGUGCAAGUGGGCUGUCUGCUUUUCAACAACUCCAAUGGCGGCCGAAAUUGGAUUUUGCUUAAGACAAAAAAAAAAAAAAAAAAAAGAAAAAAAAAAGCUUUGCAAAAAAGGAUU